UCUCAGAUCGAGACUGUCCAUCGCUGCAGGCUGGAAAAGGUCACGGAAUACGGGACACUGGCUACCCAGUCACACCCGGCGUUGCGGAUGGCUCGCGUGAGCUUUGGGGCAUCGCCUGGCUACAGCAGCGCGUCGCCAAACUAGACGGGUGCGUUAAGGAAUGUCUGCGGCACAUUUUGAGGAUAACACCAGCAUUUCCAAGUUGAUGGCCGGGGCACUUUUAAUGGAUAAUGAAUGCAAUGAACUUCCGUUUACAUGGCCUGACAACGCCGUCACUUCGUCGUCAAACGUCAAAAAUGAGCGGGAAACCAACAACUUCCCGCCAAAUGUUGACUGUUGGCAGAUGCAAAACCACACAUCAGCAUUUUCAAAUAACUACCCGUAUAUUCAACAACCGAAUAAUGGAUACGUCCAACACAAUGGCAGCUUAAAUACAACCACCACCACCACCACCAAUGGCGACCAAGGCCAUGGUCAAAAUGGACUCGUGUCCGGCAGUAGUGCAUUAAAGCCAGUGCAGGACCAAUAUCGUCAUAAGUACGGCACUUACGGUAACGAAAAGUAUCCCGACUAUAAUAUAGCUGUGAAAGCUGAAACGUGUGAUACCAGUAAGUGGAGUCCAUGUGCUGUUAACUCGACUCCGAACUUCGAUCAGUCCAGAAAUGUCCAUAGUAACGUACUGGGCGAACAGUUCUCACCCAAGUCUUUCAAAUCCUUAGAUAAUGGAGUCGGAGGAGGCAGCAUUGGCGGUAAACAGACGCCAGGAGGGUCGUCAGCAGACCUUUCCGGGAAAAAGAGACCAUUCGAAUUAGUAGAAUCGGACGACAGUGAUUCGAAAGCAAGCGGAACGGAUGGCAGCCAAAGCGGCGGAAACGGAAGUCGACCUGAUUGGCAGUGCUACUGCGCACCUGUAGAUAUCAACGUCAACCAGAUGAUCACCAGCGGCGUGACAGUGGCUGGUUACAAACCAAGGAAAGUGAUAUGUAAACGGAAAAAGGCAUGCGUGCCCUCGGAACAGAAAGAUAACGGAUACUGGGAGAAAAGGAAGAAAAACAAUGAUUCUGCUCGGCGUUCCAGAGAGGCGAAGAAAGAGAAGGAGCGCAACUUUUACAAACGUGCGCUUGAGUUGGAAUAUGAAAACCAUUGUUUGAAAGAGAGAAUUGCCUUUCUUGAAAGAAAACUAGAACUUUCGAUGCAACAAAAUACUAAUUUUAGUUGCACUGACGCAUAGUGUUCCUGUAUAUAUAUAUACUUGUGUAUACCUAGAUUUAUUCCAAAGACGAGGUCGUCCAUUUUGGAGGACACGCUCCUAAAAUGGCAUUGGUCACCGAUAUAUACUACGUUAUUCGCGAGAAGUGUUUAUGUAAGUAGGUAUAUAUAUAGAGAGACAAGUGUUCAUUAUUGUUUAGCUUUUGUACGUCCGUCCACAAAGAAUUGAGACAGAUAUCAAAAGAAAGUCGAUAUGCUCGGGCGUAUUCUUUCUGAUGGAUGGCACUAACCCUUUCUAUACAUGUUUUAAUAUUUUCUAUCCAACAUGGCAUCAAAUGCUGUGUUAUCCUAGAUUUUUUUAUUCUUGUGCUCUCUGCCUUUUUCCCUAGAGUCUUUGUACCAUUUUGGCGAGGAUUUGUGUGUUUUAGUAGACGAUAUGUGGUAGCCCUAGGUAUCCUUUUCAUAUCGAAGACCUUCAUUCCUAUAGUGUAGUUAGAUGUUUAUUGUUUCCCAAUAUUACCCUUUGUGAAUGGAAGUUCAAAACUUUCCUUGUCUUUGCAUCAAUUCAUGUAUUGCCCAUGUCGCUUUCCGUAUUUGUGAUCGUGCACGCGACUGUGUGUUUAAGCCAAAGUUUUAAAAACUUAUAUGUUCAACUUAUGCUUUUUAAUGUUUGUUGCUUUUUAAUAAUGUAUUUAAGAUACAAGUCCAACUUAUAAAUCUGGCGUUUACUUUUAUAUUUACGAUGUUGAAUCGCAUAUUUAACAUGUAAGAUUUGUUUUUGUUAGAUGUAUUAUAGGUGCUAUCAAAGAUACCAGGAUGUAUGUUUUGAGUUGAUAUGCUAAAAUACCAUUUAAAAACGAGCAUGGUAAUGUUUUUUUUACAUGUGAAUAGAGAAUUAGGAACUAUAUUGUUGUUUUACGUAGAUCUUUGACCCUUUUAGUGUUCAACUUGCAAUGUACGUUUUAAAUGAUAUGCACAUAUGCAUAUUUAACCAUUUCCCAACUAAAUGAAUGUAAUAUUAGAAUAUUUGAAUUUUUGUUAUCAAGAUACAUAUUAUAUUAGAAUCUGUACGUUUUGAUAGAUAUUGAUUUGGUAUACAGUACUGUAGUUGGAAGGGGGUAAUGGGGAUUUCGACUUGAUUAUUCGUGUAUGUCAAAUAAUAUUCAAUGCAAUGUUAAACUGGCAACAACUUUUUACUCACUGGUAAGUAUAAGAAUGAAAUCGAAAUAACGUCAUUUGUUUUAAGGCGUAUCACAUUCAAUGUGUUAGAAUUGAAUUUGAGAAAUCUGUAUUAAGGUUGGGACACGGUUGAAUUGUGUUACUAUCAUUUUACAUUACAUGUAUUUGAUUUUGACUGUCCUGUACGGGGGAAGUGUUUUGUUUUUUUCUGUCAGUUCGCCUCUUAUCUUUUAGUUGUACCAACAUCUACAGGUGAUGUUUAGCAUAAUAUGAACUGACACACUUAGCCGAAAAUACCUUGUCGUGUUAAACAGUCUAGAGCCUCAUUUAUUUAUGAAGAAUCAACAGUAUACAUAUACUACAAUGUUCAGUCGCCUUUCGCUGAAGUCAAGGCCACAUCCAUUCGGCUCAAAGUACCGUCUUAACUGAAAGUUUUAGGUCAUUUCAUUACUGAAUCCAUUUCCCAUAUUAGAUAGUUUCCAACCAGCUAAUGUGUAAAGUAAAAUAGCUGUUUAUCACAGAGGCGUUGGUGGUUGUGACACUUUCAUGUGAGAGAGAUUAAUGUUAUGAUACUGUUGAUUAUUGAUUUCAUUAUGUUAUAUUAAUAUCAUGAAAUUUGGUUGUCGAAUGUUGUUUAGCUAUGCAUGUAGCUUAUGUUUCAUUAUUGUUUUUACCAAUUAUGCCAGAUGCGAGAUCGUGCUGUUGACACAUUCUGAUCCAUAGGUUGAGUUAUCUCCCUUCGUCCAUAAUACUGCAGUUUUGGCACCUGUCAUUAUAAUUGCUUUGGUAAGUAAAUGGCAAUGUAUCUUCAAGACGGCAGCAACACAGUUUUUUUUAGAUUGUAUAUGAGCCGUGUGUUAGCCCGACGUAAAUGUUACUGCCGGUCCUGACACCCCCUACUUACCACUUGUAUAUAACAUGAUAAUGUGAAGCUAAAUAUAUCGAUUUUCUAGUCAUGUUUGUAUUUAGUUACACCAGUACAGGUCAUAAUUAAUGUGUAAAAUAAUCAUUAUACCCGACCUAAAUCAACUUCAUCGACGGCCGAGUCUAUGACUGGCAAAAAUCAGACAAAAUGAAAAAAGGUUAAAAUGAGAAAACUGAGCACUGUUUGACACGCAUAUCUUAAAGAAUCAUAAUUCGUUACUAUUGGUUUUAAAAGACAAAAUUUUGUUUAAAUGACAUCAUCAACCGAAAGCCCAUCAACAUCUCUCUUCUUUAUGCGGCGAUUCUUUUAGCACUCAUAAAUACAUUUUCAGAAAGCCAGUUAGUCGCGUGUUAUAUUAGUAAUCUGUACAGGAAUAACACGUGUUGUUAAAUUGAUGAGGUAUACACUCUCAGUUAAGGUGACAUCAUGACAUUGGGUACCUUUUGCAAGUGUGACGUCAACAGAAAUUGUGAUGUCACGCGACGUAAGGUAAAUUAAUUUUUUGAUUUAAGAAAAGAAUGUUGAUCUUGGGUACACAGUGUGUUGCACGUGUAUGUAGUGUACAUGUAUAGUGAGUGUACGAGUAUUAGCUCUCAUAGCGUUAACUGAAGUAAAUACAUUUGUAAACAUGAAUAACGUUGACGUAACAUACUUCCAUGCAUAGUUAUUCCAAAGUCUCAUUCGCGUGGGUCCGUUCGUCGUUUUGUGCUGUUUCAACCUUGGACGUUUUAGAAGUGUUUUAUUAUUUUGAUAACUCCGCAAUUAACAUGUUAUAUACUGCCAAUCCACGUAAUAACCUUCCCUGUAUGUGUAGUUUAUAUAUGUGUAUAAUCCCCAUUCGACACUACCCAGAAUUGUCGCUCUGUACACUGACAUUGAGCAGGACGACAGCUCUGGGGAGAGAUUGCUAAUUGUGGUGUUCCUCUGUCAGGUGAGACUACACCAGGUGUUCCGAAUGCCUUGGACACGUGACUUAUAACACGGUUAUACACCAGGUAUUCGGAAUGCCUUGGACACGUGACUUAUAACACGGUUACAUGUCAUGGGACACAUACAUGUAUCCAUUAUUUUAACCUGUUAUAUAUAUCAAAUAUUUCAUUCUUGCUUCCUCCACUUUUUUCAGUUUUUUUAUUUUAUUAUGUUCAUUCCAUUUUUAAUUCCAGUAUAUCUGUAACCAGACUUAUGUUGCUCUGUGUAUGAUUUCGAUACCUGUGUACCCGUGGUAGAUAACCUCAGAUUAAGAUACAACUUAAAACAAUGCUAAAAGUGUUUAUCGCUAGCGGACUUCUUUAAUUGUAUUCCCAAGCACACACAAAAAAAACAACGAAGAAAACAAUACCUAUGGCAGUGCUUUAAAUGUAGCGAUUUCCCCGUAAUUAGCCUAACAUAAUCUACCUGGCUCUCUGGAGUUUUUUACCAUUGUUUUCGCAAUUUCAUGCAUCAGACAUUUUGAAUAUCGUGUAAAUUCCGGGGCAUCCUUUUCUCCAGCGUAGUUUUUCACGGUGAUUUAAAUAAGCGAACUGAGCACGAGUAUAAAAUUUAUAAAUCUUAACACAAAACUUUAUAGUAAAUGUAUGCCCUGUAUUUACACUCUGUAGUAUCAUAAUAUCAAAUGCUGCAUGUUAUUACAUGUUACGUUACUAACAGAUGUAAGAAAUCAUGUUUUCUGAUUCAAAUAUUGUACUGAUGAAAAUAGUGCGUUUCAGCUUUUCAGUUCAGCUUAUAUGUUUACAUAAUGCGUAUAUAAUCGGAGUUGGACCUGAUCCUGCCAGCCAUUUUAUCGCAUUCCCUUGAUACUUUUCACUCAUAACUAUCUCCCCUUAAACGUCGUCUAUGCCGACGAUGCCAAGGUUACGGCAGUAUGUUAAAAUAUAUUGACCAUGUAGAUGAUAUCGCGACUGCCGUUUUCAUUAAUUUACCACACAGAAAAUUUCAUGCGGAUAUCGAGAGAAAAGCUUAUAACGAACUCUGUAAAUCACAGAGGGGAGAUAUCUUGUGUUAGAUUUGAUGACUGUUGUCGCCAUCAUCUUGUGAGAUCGUGUGUUCAGGAUAGAGACUGAUCUAACCCUUAUUGAUUUCUAAAACACCCAUGACCGCGGCUCCUUUUUCCAAUGUCUGGAUGUUGCUGUUUGUCCUGUUUGGCUUCGUCGAUUUAAUGUUUUUCGUUUAAUUUGAAUAAAAUAAAUUGAUUUCUGUUUGGUGUAGAGCUAACUAAUGCCACCGAGUCUGAGUCUGUGGCACUAGUUCAUUAUGUCAUUAAGUCUGUGUCUGUGAUACUAGUUCACAAUAUCACUGAAUCUGUGUCUGUGGUACUAGUUCAUAAUGUCAUUAAGUCUAUGUCUGUGACACUAGUUCACAAUAUCACUGAGUCUGUGACACUAGUUCACAAUGUCACUGAGUCUGUGACACUAGUUCACAAUAUCACUGAAUCUGUGUCUGUGGUACUAGUUCAUAAUGUCAUUAAGUCUAUGUCUGUGGCACUAGUUCACAAUAUCAAUGAGUCUGUGACACAAGUUCACAAUAUCACUGAAUCUGUGUCUG